AUGGAUAGAAGGAACAAGAACUGCACGGCCAUCUGGGAAGCCUUUAAAGUGGUACUGGACAAGGACCCCUGCUCUGUGCUUCCUGAAGACUAUGACCUUUUCAUUCAACUCUCCAAGCACCCUAUUCCCAGAGACAAGACCCUGUUCUGGGAAAAUAGCUACCUCCUUGUUAAUAGCUAUGCAGAGAACACCCGUCGCUUUAUGCCUGUGAGUGACGUUCUCUAUGGCCGGGUUGCAGAUUCCUUGAGCUGGUGUCGACAGAAUAACAGCGCUGGACUUGAUUACCAGUCCUGCCCUGCAUCAGAAGAUUGUGAGAACAACGCCGUGGACUCCUUCUGGAAGAGGGCGUCGGUCCAGUACUCAACAGAUAGUUCUGGGGUGGUCUCUGUCAUGCUGAAUGGCUCAGAGCCAAAAGGAGCUUAUCCCGUCAAAGGGUUUUUUGCAGAUUUUGAAGUUCCGCACUUGCAGAAGGAUAAAAUCACACGAAUUGAGAUCUGGGUUAUGCAUGAAAUUGGGGGACCCAAUGUGGAAUCCUGUGGAGAAGGCACCGUGAAAAUCCUGGAAGAAAGGCUGGAGCAAAUGGGGUUCCGGUACACCUGCACUAACGAUCACCUGCCAGUGAAACUCUUACAGUGUGUGGACCACAGCACUCAUCCUGACUGUGCUUUAAAAUCGGCAGCAGUGUCUACUCAAAGAGCAGCCCCACUUUAUGCAACAGGAAGCGCCAGCCUUAUCACCCUCCUCUUGCUGGCUCUGGUUUCAGGAACUCAGAUGUAACUAGGGAGUCAGCUGUGCCUUUCUAAGCAGCCUCCUGCAGCCCGCCAGUGCCCACUCAUCAUUCCUCUUCUGGGAGUGACAGCUCGGUCAUCAAGUCAUCUGAGGAUCCAG